UCUAUGCAAAUCACAACCUGUCUGAGCACAGUGGUUGCCCUAAAUACGUCCCACCCCGCACAUGUUGCUCCUCAGUCGUACUUCUACAGUCAGUCUGGUGGUAUGUGUCAGAGAGAGAGGCAACCUACGGUAUCUAGUUUCGCUGCGACCGGGACGGAGAAGAGUUUGCAUUCAGAGGUUUAAUGUUCGGCUCGACAUGCCACCUCACAUGGAUUACUUUUACCACGAGUCCCGAGUCCCAUCCGCGUGCGGGCUGACCCGGGAGGAUGAGCUCGAUCCCGCUGUCAUCAGCUGUAUGCUGGUCGGAGACGGAGCCGUCGGGAAGACCAGCAUGAUCAUCAGCUACACCUCCAACGGAUAUCCGACAGAGUACAAGCAGACAGGCUUUGAUGUCUUCUCCGGUCAGGUCCAAAUAGACGGAUCUCCUGUCAAAGUUCAGCUUGUGGACACUGCUGGCCAGGAGGAGUUUGACGAAUUCCGCGCUAUGUCCUACGCCCACACGGAUGUCUUCCUCCUGUGCUUCAGCAUGGUCAACCCCACCUCGUUUCACAACAUCACCAAGAAGUGGGUACCAGAGAUCCGUUCUAACAACCCGACUGCUCCCAUCAUUCUCGUAGGGACUCAGUCCGACCUGCUGCUGGACGUAAACGUCCUCAUCAACCUGGACCGAUCCAACGUCAAGCCGGUUCUGAGCUCCCGGGCCCGGAGCAUGGCGGAGAAGAUCAGAGCCACGGAGUACAUAGAGUGCUCGUCGCUCACGCAGAAGAACUUAAAGGAGGCCUUUGACUCCGCCAUCUUCGCUGCCAUAAAGAACAAAACGCGUAAAACCAAGAAGAGGAGGUUUUCUGACAGGCGAACCAAAGCGUUCUCCAGGUGUAGCUGGAAGAAGUUCUUCUGCUUCAUCUGAACUCUUUGUGAUUGUCGACCCUGUGGGUUGUGGACAGAACCUUGUUAUUUAUUUGAUUCUCCUACUUUCACUUCGGUCACAUAUUCAGUAUGUGUCAGCGUAGCACUCUUUCCUUUUUUUAAACUGAUUUGGCUUAUUUUCAGUGGGAUGCCAAAUGGGGAAACAAAAGACACGAUUGAGAGCACUGAGCUAACAUCAGCAAUGACUGCAGAGAGGAUUCUGGGUCGUUCUGACAUUGACCCGGGACAACAGUAUUGUUUACAUUACAUUUACAUGUUUGAUUUGGUUCACGUAGCCCGCGCCCCCUUGAGAGGAUAGGACGGUGUGAGCUGACACUUCAGUGUGGGGAGAUGAAGAGAUCAAGCUCGCACAGGCACAGGGAGAGAAAGAGAAAAGGCCAGGUCUUCAUGUAAAGCUGUGAAUUUGCAUGGUGCUCUGCCUUUUAAUGCAGGCGUGUGAGAGAGAUAGAGAGAGACAGAGAAACGGAAAGUGUCGGGUCUGUGUUUGAGCAGAUGGGCGUUAGCCACUUCGCUGCUGUGUUCCCACUGCCUGACUGCACCAGCGAUUUAUAUGCAGCAGCUGUGAGUUCACCUUGCUGUGUGAGCUGCCGCAUUCUUACCUGCGUGCAAAUCUCCCCGAGCUGGUUUUUCUGUUGCUAUUUUCUGUCCUCCCCAAUUAAGGUCAGCUGACACUUCUAUCAAGCCGGUGUUUAUUUCCUAAUUCACAACUGAUAAAGAAAACACAGGGGGAGGUUUUGUUCGAGACACAUCAAAUCGGGCCGAGGAGCUAGUUUGUAAAUCUCCUCGUCUUGAGGUGAAAGGUUGCAAGAGACCAGUGACCUUUGGCUUUUUAUUCCCCUCUCCUCAUCAAUCUACAUCUGUGAAAGCUAGCACUGCAGGGAUCCAGACUUCCUACCACCAACCAUCUUCAUCCCGGCUUUCUUAUUCGCCUCUUCUUUGUUUUGUUGGCUCAAUACGCUGCUUAUCUCCUCCUGUGUGUACAGUUAGGGGUUGCUAAACAGCCUCAGUGUGAAUGCAAGUGUAAGGUAAAUACACUUUAAAAAAACAAGCUUGUACCUGUGACAAAUGUGUAAGAAUCAAAAAAACUUACAUUUGCACUCCAGUGUUUUGUUAUCUGGUGAGUGUAAACUUUUGUAUAUUUUGUUAUGCUUCUCGUGGAAGUCAACUAAAUGUUUAAACUGUUCUGUUUGUUAAAAACAGGUCUUAUCGUCAUGCAUAUGUUUAUGAAAUAUCAC